GAAGUUGCGAUAAAGAGUGAGUUGGGCAGGGCUGGCGUGGUCCAGUGGAUAGAGUGUCAGCCUGCGGACUGAAGGGUCCCGGGUUCUAUUCGGGUCAAGGGCACAUGCCCGAUUCGGGCUCGAUCCCCCAUGCAGGAGGCAGCGAUCCAUGCUUCUCUCUCAUUGCUGUUUCUGUCCCUCCCUCUCCCUCCCUGAAAUCAAUGUAAAAGAAAAGAGAGAGUUGGGAUGAGCGGGGCUGCUCUGGAUUAUUUGGGCCAGGAAGGCCCUGAUGGGUGACUUACCAGCCCUGAGGGAGGACGAGGAUUCCAGGCAGAGGGAAGAGCUGCGGAAACCCCGAGGCCAGAACCACCUAGGGAUGGGUGGGGAGGCCCGUGGAGCCGGAACCUGGAGGCAGGGGGAGCGGGACGGGAAACAAAGUCCCGGAAAAGGAGAGGGAGCAGAGCCUGAUGCCGCGAGCGCUGGCGAGCCGCUUUGGACGUGGCGUUCUGAGCGCCAAAGGCAGCCACGGAGGCCCGUCCCGCAACGUCCCUGUGCACCUUGCAAAGCCCGGUGAAAAGGCUCAGCGGCGGCCACGCGAGGCGGUGCAGCCCGGAGUCAGAGAAGGAAAGUGGGGGGCCCUGCACAGAACUGAGGAGUCCAGCCGAGAGGGCGAGCUGGGUGUGCUCUGCGCGGCGGCUGCGCGAGGCCGGGACCGGGGCGGGCCGACUGGGCAUCGGUACGCGGAGAGGCCUAGGCCCGGGGUCUGGCACUCGGGAGGCCGGUGCUCCGCAGCCCGCGGUCGGGGAGAAAGCUCGGGAAGUCCGAAUAGGGCUGCUGCCCGCCUCCCAGCGGGGGCGGCGGGUGGGGACCUGGCCCCAGCCCCGGGCGGAGGCGGGGCCCGGGCCACACUGCGCAGACUCCAGCUAGCCGUUUCCAUGGCGACGAGGCCCAAGCUCCUCAACUGCUUCACAACGGUCGAGUCCCAGACUGGGUCCCCACCAGACCCCCGAUCCUGUGGGUAACCGCACCUCAGCGCCGGCUGAACCCCGCCUUUUCCGGCCCCGACAUGAGCGACCUGGAGCUGCUGCUGCCGGGGGAGGCCGAUAUGUUGGUGCGGGGACUUCGCAGCUUCCCGCUGCUCGAGGUGGGCUCCGCAAGGUGGAACCAGCAGCAUGAACACCUGGAGAAGCUGAACAUGCAGGCCAUCCUUGAUGCCACGGCCAGCCAGGGCGAGCCCAUCCAGGAGCUGCUGGUCACCCAUGGGAAGAUCCCGACGCUGGUGGGGGAGCUGAUUGCCGUGGAGAUGUGGAAGCAGAAGGUGUUCCCUGUGCUGUGCAAACUGGAGGACUUCAAGCCCCAGAACACCUUCCCCAUCUAUAUGGUGCUGCACCACGAGGCUUCCAUCAUCAAUCUCCUGGAGACCGUGUUCUUCCACAAGGAGGUGUGUGAGUCAGCAGAGGACACCGUCUUGGACCUGGUGGACUACUGCCACCGCAAACUGACUCUGUUGGUGGCCCGGAGCGGCCGCGGUGAGCCCCCGGAGGAGGAGGCCGAGGACGUCUCUCCCAUGAAGGAGCUGCAGAAGCAGGCCGAGCUGAUGGAAUUUGAGAUCGCACUGAAGGCGCUCUCCGUGCUCCGCUACGUCACUGACUGUGUGGACAGCCUGUCCCUGAGCACCCUGAGCCGCAUGCUGAGCACCCACAACCUGCCCUGCCUCCUGGUGGAACUGCUGGAGCACAGUCCCUGGAGCCGGAGGGAAGGAGGCAAGCUGCAGCAAUUUGAGGGGGGCCGUUGGCAGACAGUGGCCCCCUCAGAGCAGCAAAAGAUGAGCAAGUUGGACGGGCAGGUGUGGAUCGCCCUGUACAACCUGCUGCUGAGCCCUGAGGCCCGGGCCCGCUACUGCCUCACAAGCUUCGCCAAAGGACAGCUGCUGAAGCUUCGGGCCUUUCUCACAGACACUCUGAUCGACCAGCUGCCCCACCUGGCAGACCUGCAGGGGUUCCUGGCCCACCUGGCCCUGGCCGAGCCCCAGCCCCCCAAGAAGGACCUGGUGUUCGAGCAGGUAGGCACUGGGAGCGCGAGCUCAGGACCCCCGCCCGCUGCCUGCCCCUCCCUGCCACUCCCCACUUCUCCCCCAGAUCCCGGAAAUCUGGGAGCGGCUGGAGCGAGAGAACAAAGGCAAGUGGAAGGCCAUGGCCAAGCACCAGCUGCAGCACGUGUUCAGCCCCUCGGAGCAGGACCUCCGGCUGCAGGCGCAGAGGUGGGGCUGCAGGGCGGCAGCGCGGGAGGGACGCAGAGGCAUGGAGGGGGUCGGGGUGCUCCUGUGCCCCCCCCCACCAGGCCAGCCAGGCCUCCUGACGCUCCUCCCAGGUGGGCUGAGACCUACAGGCUGGAUGUGCUGGAGGCGGUGGCUCCGGAGCGGCCCCGCUGUGCCUACUGCAGCGCAGAGGCCUCCAAACGCUGCUCGCGCUGCCAAAAUGAGUGGUAUUGUUGCAGGGAGUGCCAAGUCAAGCACUGGGAGAAGCACCGAAAGGCUUGCGUCCCGGUCGCCCAGGGUGGCAGAGUGAAGUGAAGCGCAGCUGCUGAGCGCCCCCCAGGGCCAUGCAACCAGCCAGAGGUGCGCCUGGGCCUCGGGAUCGCAGCCUGGGCCCUGCCAGCGCCCGGCCUCCGGGGUGAGGAGAGCAGGCAGCCUGCGGCCCGUCCUCCCAGCCAAGUGCUCCCCGCUUCCUGCCCCACCCAGCGGGCAGGCUCGGGGCGCGGGCGAGGGCGAGGACCGGAUGUGGGGACCCUCAUCCUCUCGCUCUGUAAAGCUGGUCUCCAGAAA